CAGUGACUCUCAUAAACCAAAUUUAAUCCCAACGAUCAACACACCGACCGUGAACGGACCCGAAACAGACGGAAUUUCAGUCCUGUGCGCUUUCACGGCCUACAUCUCUCAUCCCAUAUAAAACUGAAUUACCUUUGCAAUAAUAGUCAACCUCAACGGAUUAAGAAACGCGGGAGGUUGCCCCGCUGUGAGUGUGUGUAUGUGCACUGAGCAUGCUCUACGGGAAGAUAAGGACUACAUUGCGGGAUGUCUGUGAUGUUGCUGUGCAACCGUGGCAAUGUUCGAUCUCGCCCAACAUUAGAGGUGUAUUCAUCACGGAAACUGCUUAUGAACCAAACAGAAGCAAACAGACCAAUACAAGAGUUUAUAUUGGACAAAUUCAGCAGGUGGCGCUGUACUUAUAGGUGAUGGCUUCCUCCUGGUGUCUGCCUCUGGCUCUCCUGGUCUCCAAUCUGGCCGUUUCACACAGCACCGAGCCCAGCUCCACACACGCCAAGAGGAGAUUGGCACAGCCCUCAUCAGGCAAUGGCAAUGCCCUCCAGUACCCUGAGCAGGGCUUCCAUAGUCAUGGGUAUGGGAACGGCAGGGAGCAUGGAGGGGGGCAUGGGGGCCAAGAGGCCCACAGUGCCAAAGCCAAUACGGGGGCUGGGCUCCUCUCCCGCAGUCCCCUGCACCCCGCAGCUCGGCAUGAAGAUGAUGGGACGGGUCUGGAUGGCCUGAUCCCGGUGAGACUGGAGAUGGGCCCUGGGGGCAGGGAGAGGGAGAAUGGUCGCGGAGGCUUCAGGAACCCAUCUCAUGCUCGGGACAACCACCCUUUGGGGCCACACAAGGGGAAGGCACAGGGACAUGGGCACCACUUUGAUCACAGGAGACAUGGAGGUCGGAGAGACAAGGGUCGGCACACUAAAGGUUUCCUCCCUGAGCCUGAGCUGGACUCUAGUCUGAAGGUGGGAUCUGUGUCCUCCACCAUCUUUGGCUCCGGCUCCUCUGCAGUUACCACGGUGAUGAGCGAGCAUCCCCCAACGCUGCCCCCAGCCUCCACCAAACCCCAGAAGUCAGGCCGGGGGAAAGUGCAAGGAGAGGUGAUGCCCACUCUGGAUAUGACGCUGUUUGACUGGACGGACUACGAGGACAUGAAGCCAGUGGAUGCCUGGCCUUCUUCCAGGAAGAAAGACAAGCGGCGCAGUAAGAACCUAAGCAGUGGCAACGUGACGGUGGACGCUGAUGCCAUCGAGCCAUGUGACCACCACUUGGACUGCCUCCCAGGAUCCUGCUGUGACCUGAGACAGCACGAGUGCAAGCUUCACAACCGCGGCCUCAACAACAAGUGCUAUGAUGACUGUAUGUGUGAGGAAGGGUUCCGUUGCUAUGCCAAAUUCCACCGGAAGCUUCGUGUGACCAGGCGAAGGGGUCGUUGUGUGGUGCCAGAGUCAGCCAACAGAGACCAGGGGUCCUUCAUCACAGUGUGAGGGGUCACAGACACACACCACACACUGAACAUGACCACCCUCUCUGACAUAAAAGACAGACAGUGUCUAGUGAUAGUUCAUUCAGAAUUUUCAUACUACUCAUCUGGUCUCCCUCACUUCAGUGCCACAGAAUCACGUACAUGUACACAUUAGUUCCAAAACAACAACUGUGCAGUGUCUGAUUAACUGUGUCCUGAACAUAUGAAUGUGUUUUCUGAGAAUGGAUAGACUCUUUAAAGGUAAUUAUUAUGAUAAGCAAAAAUGUUUGAGUUUCCUUCUAUGUUUUAAUAUUUGGUUUAUUUAUACAAUACUUACAACAGAACUCUGUGUCUAUUGUGUUUUUUCAACCUCAUUUUCUGUGAUUAAAUUCUUGUACAUUGA